AUGACCACCCCAACGCAUUCCAACUUCGGAGUGGCAUACGUCUUCCCACUACGGGCAAACAACUUUGAGCUUUCACCUCAACUCAUCCGCAUGAUUCAAAGCGAUCAAUUUGGGGGUAGUCCUUAUGAGUGUCCUUUUGCUCAUUUGGACAACUUUCUUGAAUUGUGUACAACUAUCAAGCAAAACAACAUUUCGAAAGAGUUUAUUCGGAUGCACAUGUUUCAAUUCUCCCUUCGAGAAAAAGCAAAGCAUUGGUUGAGAACGGUUGAAGAGGGAUCGUUGAGUACUUGGGAUGAGGUGACUAGAGCUUUUCUUGGGAAGUAUUGCCCUCCCGAGAAAACCGCUGAAUUAAGACGAAAGAUCACAAACUUCAACCAAGAGGUUGAUGAAACUUUGAGUGAAGCAUGGGAGUGGUUCAAAGAUUAUACUAGAGCAUGCCCUCACCACGGUUUCACCUCAUGGAUCAUAGUGCAAAGCUUCUAUGAUGGUCUUACUCCUACCUCAAGGGCCAACCUUGAUUCGGGAGCCGGAGGUAGCCUUAAAAAGCUAUCGGUUGACGAGGCCUACAAAAUGAUUGAGGAAGUGGCUAAGCAUUAUGCUUAUGGAGGUGAUAAAAGGCAAGGUCAACCCAAGAAGGGCGGUAAGAAUGAUAUUGAAGAAAUAGAUCUUAUUGCUUCAAAGGUUGAUAUGUUAGCUCGAAAGCUAGAUCAAGUGAACAAUGUGCCCGGUAGCUCCUCCCCACAAGUCAUGUCUUGUGAGACUUGUGGAGGAAAUGACCACUUGGCAUCCUAUUGCAACACUACAACGGAGCAUGUGGCUUCACUUGGUAGGAAUGAUCCUUACUCCCAAACUUUUAACCAAGGUUGGAAACAACAUCCAAAUUUUGGGUGGAAACAACCCAAUCAAGCUCCCCCUCCUCAAAACAAUUACAACCAAGCUCCUCCUUACAAUCAACCCCCUCCACAACAACAAGCUCCCUAUCGCCACCCCAAUCAAAGAGAAAAUGUCCAACAAAGACCCCAAUACAAUCAAGCCCCUCCUCCUCCAAAAUCCAACAUUGAAUCCGUUUUGGAAACCUUCAUGACCCAACAAAUCAAGAUCAAUGGGGAAGUUAGUAGCUCAAUUCAACAACUCCAAGCACACAACAAGAUGAUUGAAAGUCAAUUAUCUCAAAUUGCACAACAAGUUGGGUGCACCUCUAACCCCGGUGGUCAAUUUCCAAGCACAACGGUAAUGAAUCCAAAAGAGCAAGCGAAAUCAAUCACCUUGAUUAUGGAAGGGGGGUAUGAAACUCCAAUUAUGAGAGAAAAUGUUGCCAAAAAGGGAUAUGAGGGAGAUAGUUGGGUAGAUGAAAGUGAGUUUGAAAAUGAAGUGAGUGAGGAGGCGAGAGGAAGGUCAAAAAUGAGUGAUGAGGGUGCCUCAAAGAGAGAUGAGGGAGAAGUGAAGAGUCAAGCUCCAUUGAGAGCAUAUGAGCCUCAUAUUCCAUUCCCUCAUAGAAUGAUAGAGAAGAAGCUAAAUGAGAAACUUUCUAAGUUCCUUGAUGAAAUGGAAGGACUUCAAUCAAACAUUCCACUUCUCCAUGCUUUGUCUCAAAUGCCUACAUAUGAAAAGUUUUUGAAAAAUAUUCUUUCUAACAAGAGUGGGCUUGAGGAGAGUGAUUCUAUCUCUCUUCCAACGGAGAUAAGUGCUAUUCCUCAAAAUGAGCUUCCCGAGAAUGUUAGCCUUAUGCCUCUCUCUAUGGCAAAAAGAUUAAAUCUUGGGGAGAUUAGCCCCACCAAAAUGUCAAUCCAACUAGCCGACCGCUCGAUUAAAGUCCCAUUGGGAGUCUUGAAGGACAUCCCAAUUCAAGUGGGGAAGGUUCUUGUGCCUUGUGAUUUUGUAAUCAUGGAGAUGGAUGAGGAUUUCAAAAUUCCUCUCAUAUUGGGUAGGCCCUUUUUGAAAACCGCGGGUGUUAAUAUUGACAUGAAACAAGGGCGACUUAUCUUACAUGUUGGGCAUGAAAGAAUCUCUUUCUCAUUUCCGGAAACGUUGAAUGACCCCAUGGUUAAACAAGUUCAUCGGGUUGAUGUUUUGGUUAAUAUUUUGAAAGAAGACAUGGAGGAGUUACAAGAUGAAUCGACUCAUGCUCCGGAGGUGAAAAAGAAAGAGAGGGCCAAGAAGAAAAAGAAAAACAAGAUCAAGUUGAUAGACAAGAUGUUUGGUUGCAAUUCUAGUGAUGAUAGCAAUGUGAUUAUUUUGCCUAAGUAA